AUGAUUCAACACAAAAUUCUACUUCUUACUUCGAAUGUUGGUUCUCUUUUUGAAAAUAAAGGAGGAUGCCGCAAAUAUUGGCUAAGUCAACUAACAAAAGAAAUAAUUUUAAAUUGUCCUUCUUUUGUUGCUUUACACCUUCAAGAGAGUGGGGGGAAGAAUUACAAAUUAAAUGCUAAGGAAAUGCCGGUACUUGUGGAUGAAUUACAAAAACGAUUGGCUUCUGAAGGUUAUGUUGUUUCGAGGUGUUUUCUUGAUAUUCAAUGUGAACUUAUUGAGGAAUUUACGGCCCUCUCUUCUCUUUUCUUCAUUCACGAAUCUGCUGUUAAACUUGUUCAACAAUUCAAUUUUAAACAACGCAAAUUUAUUCCAAUUGUUGACUCAAAAUAUUCUCAAUUAAUUUUAACUUCUGGAUUAAAUCGUUCUGGAUUUGUUAGAAAAGAAAAAUUUUCUAGAGAUUUUUGGCCGUCUUUUCGGUUUGGAAGAAAAGGAUUUUUACAUACAAGAUGGAAAUUUGAUGAAAAAAUUUUUGAUUUGAUUAAUAUUCAUUUAUUUCAUGAUGAAUCAAAUUUGAAUCUUUUAGAGAAUCCAACCCUCUACAGCAAUAACAGAAAAAAUGCUUUUAAUUAUGUUCUCCAAAAAUUUGAAAAAUUUAAUGGAGGUACAAUUGAAGGAGCUAGUAAUUUAUUCGUUUUUGGCGAUUUUAAUUUUAGAUUGGAUUUUGCUUCGUUUGUAAAGAAAUUAACAAGGCAAACAAACGACCGCCAAAUUUUGCUCUGUCCACCAAUUGUAGAACAACAAACAAAUUCAAGAAGUUCAACAACUUCAACUUCAGAUUUAUCAACUUUAGACGAAGAAGAAAUUUCUUUAUUAGAACAUUCAACAAAUUCAAAAAAUCAAUUUUUGCCUUCCUCAACAGAUCCUUCAGCUAGCAGUUCAGAAACUGAUGAAUUGAGAACUUCUUGUGAUGAUAUGGAUGAAAUAAAUGAAACAAAUUUUUGUUUAAAUACGUCUACGAGAAGAAGAAAUUCAAUUAUAGAAUAUUACAAACCUUUAAUGAGGUCGUAUCUAAGUCCUUUUGAUGCGCAAAGAGGAAAUGUUAGGUUUGUUUGUGUUUAUUUUUUAUGA